AUUAACGAAACCAGGUUGCGGGCUUGUGGCUCGUGAUAGCGACGGUACAGGCUUUGGCUUUUUCCGUUCUACUCGAACAGUCUCUCACACGCGGCGAGCUGGUUUGGCCUUCCCACUCGCAUCCUCCCUCCUCGCCGCGCCGCCCGCGCGUGUAAUCUGAGCUUGACAUAUCACAUUCAAGAGCUUAAGAUGUUGUGGCGCACAAUACGCAGUAUGGAUGUUAUGGUACAUUCUUCUAGUUUCCUUCUUCCAAAGAUUCAUCAGCCUGCCAAGACUCCAGCAAACAACUAUACUCUAGUUGUUCUUAACCAGCAUCUUCCACGAUUCAUGCCUCGUCUCUGGGCUCAUGCAAAGUUGAGAAUAUGUGCUGAUGGAGGAGCCAAUCGCAUUUUUUAUGAGAUGCCUCAGAUGACCAAUGAUCAAGACUGUGAAACCACCAGAAAUAGGUAUAUUCCAGAAAUAAUUGAAGGGGAUAUGGAUUCUAUAAGGCCAGAAGUAAAAAGAUUUUACUCUAAUCAGGGAUCUACAAUUUCUGAUAAAUCACAUAACCAAGAAACAACAGAUCUACACAAGUGUAUUUCUAGUAUCCGCCAUCGCACACCUAGUCAUGAAAAGUCUGAUCUUUGUGUUCUUGUUACUGGAGCACUUGGUGGAAGGUUCGAUCAUGAGGCUGCUAAUAUCAAUGUUCUCUAUGUGUUCUCGGACAUGCGGAUUAUCUUUCUAUCAGAUGAUUGCUUGAUUCAACUUCUUCCCAAAACACACCAGCAUGAAAUCAAUAUUGAGUCGUCUGUAGAAGGACCACAUUGUGGACUUUUUCCAAUUGGAGCACCCUCUACAAGCACUACAACCACUGGCCUCAAGUGGAACCUGAGUGAGGCAAAGAUGAGAUUCGGGAGCAUGAUAAGCACUUCCAAUAUCGUGGAUUCGGAGAAAGUAACGGUACAGUCCGAUGCAGAUCUCCUGUGGACAAUUUCUCUGCGAAAUCUGACCUAGAGAUCGUCCACUUAAUUUGAAUCGUCAGCGAAGUUUCCUUUCAGUAAAUAUUUGUUAAGUACAUCUUUGUGAAUGUUGUCUGUUAUCAGCUGCGCUGUUAUACAGCACAGCUGUGUUGUGUUCAUAUAUAUAGGUAGUUCUAUAUGUGAUAAAUAAAAUAAGGAUAUCUGGUGGCUCGUGGUUUGACCCUGUACCCACGAGGUUUCGAGAAUGCGUAAGUCCAUUUGGGAGCUGUUAAUGAAUGAAUCAUAUGAGUGACAAACUGACAAUCAGAUAUGUCUUGUGUACCUACAACUUUUAAUGCAAGGAGCCAGAUGUGUACUUACAUCCA